AUGUCUAGACGCUGGGCUCGCCGGGUGGAGCGGAGCUGCUGUAAAUUCAUUAGCUAUGUUCCCUUAAUCUUUGUCUGGUCUUUGACCUCGUGGGCUGUAUGGGUCGAUGUAAUGAUCGGCUCCACGACGUCCAAGGUCUCAUGGAUCGGAACCGGCUCUUCUAUGGGCGCCGUCACCCUCUUCCUCCUCCUCAACUGGUCCUACAUGACCGCCGUCUUCACCCACCCCGGCAGUACCACGAGCCUCAACGGCGACUACACCGCCCUCGAAUCCCCUCCCCACGCCACCUCCUUCACCGUCAAGGCCAACGGCGAGAUCCGAUUCUGCAAGAAAUGCCAGGCCCGGAAGCCCGACCGAGCCCACCACUGCUCUACCUGCCGCCGCUGCAUCCUCAAGAUGGAUCACCACUGUCCCUGGCUAGCCACCUGCAUCGGCCUGCGGAACCACAAGGCCUUUCUGCUCUUCCUCAUCUACACCACCGUGUUCUGCUGGUACACCUUCAUCCUUUCGGGCGCUUGGCUGUGGGAGGAGAUUGCCAAUGAUACGACCUACCUCGAGAGUCUGACCCCCGUCAACUUUAUCCUCGUUUGCGUUGUCGCCGGUAUCAUUGGUGUUGUGGUCGGUGCCUUUACCGUCUGGCACCUCGUCCUGGCGGGCCGCGGCCAAACGACCAUCGAGUGUCUCGAGAAAACCCGCUACCUGUCCCCCCUGCGUCAGUCGCUACAGAAUAGCUACAUCGCCCAACACUCGGGCCCUUCGGCCGCCUCGCCCAGCUACGGCCAGCAGCUCCUCGAUAUCCACGCCAACUCUCUGCCCGGCAUAACGCGCCCUGAAGAAGGCGAAGAGGUCCGAAGCUAUACGCCGGCAGCGCCGUCCGCCCAGCUUUCCUAUGCGGAGCUCGAGCGACGUCAGCGAGAGAAGCGGUACGAAGAAUACCUCGACGAGCAGGACUCCAGCAAGCUCCCCCACGCCUUUGAUCUCGGCUGGAAGCUCAACUACAAACACCUCUUCGGGCCCUCACCUUGGCUCUGGAUGUUCCCCAUCCCCAACACCACCGGCGACGGAUGGAGCUGGGAUGCCAGUCCCAAGUGGCUAGCGGCUAGGGAAAGGAUCCGCAUCGAAAGGGAGGCCCAGCGUGCGAGAGAAAUUCAGGCCGGCUGGGGCGGCGGAAGUGAAUACUCCCCCAACUUCCCCAACGGCGCCGCAGGUGAGGGCCCCGCCGCCGCUGCCGGGGCAGGCCGACAUUACCUCGCCUCGCCCAUGAACUCGUCCUCUCCGGGAUGGCGGACACCCUCCAAGGCCGACCGCGUACUCGGCCGUGAUCCUAACCUGUACGCCGACGUGGUCCCCAUGCGAACCCUCAACAAAACGGGCAGAACAGUCCUCCACGACGACCUCCUCGACACGGACGACAAUGACGAUGACGAUGACGAGGAAGAAGACUUCGGCAUCACCGAAUCUACCCCUGCCCUCUCCAAACCGAGCUUGUCUAGGCCCGUGCGGCCCACUAACCUGGGAGGAUCGACCGCGCGGUGGCAAGCCGCUGGCGCCAGCGGCAUCUUGAGGAAGACGAGCCCUACUGCUUUGACGAGUCGAUCUACUUUUGACACGGCGGCGGCGCAGCAUUCUGCCUCAGAGGAUACGGUUGAUUAA